AUGGAGAAAGAUGUGACCAUGUUUCUGGCCACUGUCCUAAUGACCAAUGUGCGCCUGGAUGGACCCUUCGUAACUGUAGCGCAGGUGACAACUGUAACCAUGUCUCCGGUAACUGCUCCGAUGAACUAUGUGAGCCUGGUUGGACCAAUGGUAACUGUAGCGUUGCCUGCAACCCUGGCACUUUUGGUGUUAACUGCACCUAUAUAUGUCAUUGUUACAACAAUGAAACUUGCCAUCAUAUUGAUGGUAACUGUCCCAAUAACAUAUGUGCAGCUGGAUGGGCGCAUGACAACUGUAGCGAAGAGUGUCAUUGCCUACACAGAGCAAACUGUAACCAUGUCUCCGGUAACUGCUCCGAUGAGCUAUGUGAGCCUGGGUGGACCAACAGUAACUGCAGCGUUGAUUAACUGUGAAUGCUCCGCGAAGCUUGUCCCUCCCUCGCAGAACUCUCGCCUGGACAAACAAGAGAAGAAAUAUACAGCAUUUAUUUCCUGUAAAUCUGGCCACUACGGGCAAAGCUGCUCUAUGAACUGUCACUGCGACACGUGCCAUCAGGUCAAUGGAUCCUGCUUAAUGUCUCUUCAAUGCCACGAUGGAUUCAGGAUGGAAAAUGGUUUCUGUACACCACACAAACAGAUAGGAAAAAGUAGUACCGUAAACGUGGCUGGAAUAGUUGGUGGUUGCGUCGCAGCUGUUGUUAUCAUAAUAGGAAUGACGUUAUUAACCUUAUAUUGCAGGCGGCAAAAGCUACAUGCUAAAGAAUGUCAUACUAAAAUAUCUACAUCAGCAAAGAUAGAGACAUGUUUCUAUACCAGAUUUGAUCAUCUCGAUCGGGCUUAUGAUGGAAAAAACGUCUCCGUAGAAGACAAAGCGAAAGUCGCUUCAACAAAUGUCAGCAGUUUAUUGUCUGGCAAAGAGAAUCCCGUCCCUAGUGAUGACCAUGAUUACUACAGCUUCAAGACACUUAGCCGCGGAAUAAAAAUUUAUGAACUUUGGGACUACAUCCACGAAAAAUUUCAAAGCGGUUCAACAUUCUUUGAAGAAGAAUUUAAAAAAUUAAGAAGCGGGCUUAUCCAUAAGCACGACAUAGCAUCGUCCGAAGAAAACAAAGGCAGGAAUCGCUACAAGCAGAUGUAUGCAUACGACUAUAACCGUGUGCCCUUGACAAUAGAGUUCGAUGGAGAAUCUGAAUACAUCAACGCCAGCUAUAUACACGGCUUUGAAAAGGCAAGGAAAUUCAUCGCUUCUCAGGGUUCAACGGAGAAAAAUUUAGAGGACUUAUGGCGUAUGAUAUGGCAGCAGAGUUUAGACAAGAUUGUGAUGCUGACGAAUUUGAUUGAAACAGGAACGAUGAAAUGCUUGCAAUAUUGGCCCGAGGAACUGAACGGUGUGUGCAGGUACGGACGAAUUGACGUCAAGUACGUUGAUGUCGAGGAGAUGUUUGAUUACAACAUCAGGACAUUCACAAUCACAAAGGGACGUGAUACCAGGGUGGUCAAGCAGUUUCAUUUUAAAUCGUGGCCAGACAAAGGUGUUCCCGACACGGCCUGGUGUCUUGUAGACUUCUGGAGAGCGGUGGAUACUCAGGAAGAGCACCUUUUACCCAUUCUGGUUCACUGCAGCGCUGGUGUUGGGCGAACAGGAACAUUUAUUGCUCUCGACAAUCUUAUUUCACAAGCACAACUUGAAAUCUGUGUCAGACCAUUCCAGAUUGUCGAAGCGUUGCGCGAACAAAGGGUUAGCAUGGUCCAGACAAAGGAACAAUACACUUACCUACACGAGGCCCUGGCGGAAGCUCUCCUGAUUGGGACACACCACGUGGUAACCAGACAGUUUGAAAGUGUCCACCAGUUCAUGAUUGUAGAAGACAGUAUUUUGACAACUACAAGACUGGAAAAACAAUUCGAAUUGUGUAUGCGUAGUGUUGAAAGUAAUGAGGGACAUUUGCAACCAGUGGCCAGCCAAGAGACAGAAUAUGGCAACAUUGGGGCACACGUGGCUGAAAUAGAUGCAUAUCGACGCCAACAUUAUAGGAGGAGUGAACCGCCAGCUGAAAUCUAUCUCCCUACAUUCAAUGAAAAGACGGGUAUGAUUGUGCUACCCAAACCAACUGAGAAACAGCUGGCAAUGUUUUGGUCACGUCUUGAAAAGCUUGGCUCUAUAACGGUGAUUGAUCUUUCAUCGGAUGACAUUGAACUGAAACAUAUACUAAUAGACAGAAAAGACAGGGAACAUGCAACAAAAGGCACACAUGUUAUGAAAGAGGAAAAACAAAAUGGAUUUGUUGAAAUAACUUAUUCCAUGACACAGGAGACUUGCCGCGACAAAAUCAUAAAACACUUCGUGCUGUCUUCGUGGAAAGGAGUAGAUAUACCGACAGACAGGACAAAAGUGCUUGAGAUGAUAGAGGCGGUGCAAACUUGGCAGCCUGAAAUGUCAGACGACACACCAAUAGUGAUACUAGACAACGGUGGAUUCCAGAAAUGCGGAGUCGUUGCUGUUUUAUUGAACGAGAUUUAUCGCAUAUUACAACAGAAUGGGCAGAUCAACAUUUUACAAUCAGUCAAGACAAUGAUGUACGGAAAAAGCCUUCUCAUCCGCAGCAUGAUGCAGUUCAAGUUCUGCUAUGAUGUGAUAUUGGACUAUGUUCAGCAUAAAGGGGUUUAUCAGAACUAUUAAUGUUACAAUGCCAUAUAAUGUGCUACAGUAUAUAGACUCGUUGUUACUUCCGAUGAGGAACAUGUAUCAAUUUGUUACGAAUUUGUUACGAAUUUGUUUCGUCUGAUGUUUGCAUGAGUUGCAUUAUUCAUAUAAUAUGGGUUUUAUUUAUACUGUCUAAAUAUGUGUGUAUAGACAUUGUUGCAACUAGUUUUGAAGUGUAUAGACCUGGUGUCGACACUAUAAAACUUAGCGAUGUAAUUGUUUAAGGUUUAGGAUAACCUAUAAGGUCUAAACAUCUAAUUCAAUCUCCAUAUAUUGCCAUGCAAUAUCGUUAUAGUUCGGCUAUUGAUCACCUGGCAUUUUAUAAAGGACUUUGUACUGAAAAUAUACUAUCAUGCUUACUACUGUGUACUUAUUUUGUAUUAUUAAUGCAAAGAAUAUAAAUUGUGUUGAUGUUUAACUAUACUCAAUGAAAUAUCGUUUUAUCAACUAUAGGUUGCAAAAUGUAAUACGUGCUUUUUUAUUUUUGUCAAUUUUGAUUAAUCAAUUUACUCAAUAUUAUUUGAAAACUCUUUAAAAUUUGUUUUGCGUUUGCUUUGCUUACAGUGUUUGUAAAUUUUCAGUUAUAGUUCCUGCUUUGUUUGACAGUUUAUUUUGUAUUAAUUACUUUCGUUAUUAUUUAACCUAAUCAUCGCCUUGUAAAUAUAUCUGUGGUCAAUGUGUCAUGUUCAUAAUCCAUUCGUUUAACGAUACAAACAUGUGUGACUUAAAAAAUAAAGCGACUUUAAUAGUUUAUUUACCAUAAAGCUUGACUUUUUGAUUAAGUACUCUAUCAAACGUAAAACAAAUUCAUUCAAAUCAAUGCAAGACAGUCAUACAACACUCCUUUAAAAUGAUCAAAUAUCCUAAAAAUCAUGAAUUAUGAUCAAAAUAUCUUUAUAUCGUUAUCAUUUUUGUUGCAUAACAACAUGUGUCGUCCUAGAACAAUUAACUGAGCCAACACUACAGGUGUUUAGAUUAAAACAUAAAGUGGUAUUUUAAACUUGAAUAAAGUCUUAAAAUGA